CUGGAUACAUUUCAUGAACCUUUUUUUGAUUCCUAUCCCCACUCACCAUUGUUCUAUCACCCAAAUGUGCAUCUCUUGGUGGUUGUUUAAAAAAAAUAGCCCCAAACACAGCCUCUCCAAAGCCCUCCCAUGCAUUAUCCUUUUGGCGCAUAUGGAAAAAAUAUGCAGAACUAACCUGGGAUAACUCCCCUACCCCAUUUUCCCUCACAAAACCCUAUCUCCCAUCAACCUCUACACACACCUUUGGUCCCUUAGUCUUCCAAAUUUUCAACCCAUUCCUACCCCGCUAUCAUCUGACCUGAUUCACCCUCUCCUGCGUCCCAAACCCUCCACUCCUCGAAUCAUUUUAUGGACCAGACCUCUAUCCUCCUUUAAACUCAACACUGACGCCUCAUUUUUUCAAUAAAACUUCUAAAGAAGGGGCAGUUCUAAGAGAUUACCGUGGGAAUCUAAUUGCAGCUUUAUACUUCGAGCAGAACACUUCGUCUGUCCUUCAUGCUGAACUCCAGGCUAUCCACACUUCGGUCAAUUGGUGUUUAGAGCAAGGCUACUCCGCUUUCCAAGUUGAAUCAGACUCCCUGGCGGCAAUUGCAACGGUGCGGAAGGGUGCCCACCUUAAAAAAUGGUGUGGACUGUCUGAACGCCUACAAUGGGCCAUGAUUAACUGUGGGCUUGUUUUCUCGCACAGUCAUAGGGAGGCCAACAGCGUCGCUCACGAAAUGGCCUAUUUGGAAUUAAAUAAUGUCUCGUUCAAAUUUUUUUAAUCCUUUAAUGAUCUACCCCCGACUGUCAGAAUGGCAUUUUUAGAUGAUUUGUAUAGGACUCCUUUUAUUAGACUGUAAUUUCCAUUUGUUUUUCUUGCUGGAUGGGGGUCGGCUUGGUUCCUCUAUCCCAAUUUGUAAUAAAAAUCUCUAAUCAUAUAUAUAUAUAUAUAUAUAUAUAUAUAUAUAUAUAUAUAUAUAUAUAUAUAUAUAUAUAGAGAGAGAGAGAGAGAGCGGAUCAGGUGAGAAAUGCCCUUAGGCUGAGAACUGCGAAGUUUAACUUAUAGACUAAAAACACGAACUUUUAACUAAUAAAUCAUAACUUAUAGACCCCCUCGAAAAAAAUUACGAAAAUGCCACCGCAAAAAAUAACUCCAGAAACCUUCAAUUUUUUUUGACGCGGUGGCAUUUAUGUAGUUAUGAUGGAGAGCUUUAUAAGUUAUGAUUUAUUGGUUAUAAGUUCCUAUAUUCAGUCUAAAAGUUUACUGUGCUGUAAGAUUAGAUGCAGAUAUAUAUAUAUAGGGUGUGUUUCGGUGAGAACACUCCUUAACGUGAGAAAUGAGAACACUCCAAAACGAUGCACUUUAUCCUUCACAAAACUGCACAUUUAUAGUUAAAGUAAUGCAAAAUUCUAAUGUGCACAUUUACGAUUAAAAUUUUGCACAGACGAAAUGCACAUUUUCCAAUUUUUUAUAUGCACGUUUCUGUUUUACAUGAUACACAAUGCUCAAAUCCAACGCUUCAGAAUCAUUCUCAUUUCUCUCCUAAAAUGGUAUUCUCAUUUGAUCCUUACACUAUAUAUAUAUAUAUAUGAUACUUAAGACCUAUUUGUUUAUCUACCUUUCUCAGCAAUAUUAAUACCAGAAUUCUUGCUACGAGAAUAACUUCUUUAUUGUCUAAAAUUAUUUCCGGGAAACAGUCCGGUUUCAAGAAGGGAAAGGAAAUUCAUUAUCAAUUUUUGACGGCUUUUGAAAUGUUGCAUCAUUUGGAUAAAAAGGUGAGAGGGUCCAACAUGGUCAUUAAACUGGAUAUGACCAAAGCCUUCGAUUGGGUUGCUUGGGGUUUUUUGGAGGCUAUUCUAGCUAAGUUUGGUUUUUCUGAUCAUGUGAUAUGAAUUAUUUUGGGUAAUUUGCAAGUAACCUAUAUAUCAGUUGUCAUUAAUGGUGCUUCAUGUGGUUUUUUUCAACCCCAAAGGGGGGUAAAACAAGGCGACCCAUUGUCGCCUUUUCUAUUUAUUAUUAUGUCCGAAGCUUUCUGUAGGGGAUACAAUGCUUUGAUUGCGAGAAGAAAGAUUGAAGCAUUUAACAUAGGUAGGGCCCUAAGCAUUUCGCAUUUAGCUUUUGUAGACGAUCUUAUGAUUUUCCUCAAUGGGUCAGCUAAAUCUAUAUGCAACUUCAAUGGUUUUCUACAAUCCUAUCAACAGGCUACUGGACAAUUAGUCAACAAGGAUAAAAGUUGUUUCGUGGUUUGUAGGCACACCACAUCAGGAAGGUUAGCUCAUAUUGUGAACAUCUUUUGGGUAUGAAAGUUUCUAAAUUACCUAUGAAGUACCUAAGGGUGCAGCUUCACAAAGGGCAUCUCCAGGCUGGGUCAUUGUAAGGGGCUUUUACAGGAUGUGGAUGCUAAACUUGAUUCUUGGAAGCAUAAGAUGUUAUCUCAAGGGGGGAGGCUAGUCCUUAUUAAGCAUGUCAUUAAUGCCAUGCCACUGCAUGUGUUAGCAGUCACAGAUAUUUCCGCAGCAGUUAUUCAUUUAAUUAAUAAGAAGAUAACAAAUUUCUUUUGGGGUUUUAAAGAAAACAAGCCAAAACAGCAUUGGGUCUCCUUUAAGAAAUUAUGCAGAUCUACUGAAAUGGGAGGAGUUGGCAUCAGGUCUUUGAAGGACACCCAAAAAGUGGCUGCAAUUAAAAUGUGGUGGGAAUUUCAUACAGGAGGGUCUAUUUGGGAUGGUCUGAUGCAGAGUAAAUAUGGCAGCAGGGCAGUAGGUGAGGUCAAGCCUCUUGACUCUCCAUCUUGGAGAAGAAUCUGCCAGGUUCAUGGGGAGGCUGAAACGAUGGUGGAUAGAGGUCCCACCUCUAUCAAAUGGAAACAUACUAGUGACGAGGAGUUCACUUCAAACUCAUCAUACAAGGCAAUAUGGCCAAGGAGGGGGAGGACAUUGACAGAUACAAACAUUUGGCACCCUAAGCAAGUGCCAAAAAUUAAAUUUUUUGAUGGAAGGUGUGGCAGAAAGGGCUUCCCUUCCCGGAACAGUUGGCGAGAUUUUCAGCAAGCUACCCCUCGUGUUGUCCAUUAUGUAAACUGGCUUCUAUAUCCCACGAUCAUGUGCUCCUUGAUUGCCGGUUCUCAAGAUCGAUCUGGAAUUUCUUUGAAGGAGGACUGCAAAUCACAGGAAGACAGGCAAAUCAAAUACAAUCCCAAUUUAUGAAAUGGUGGAUUACUGGUAAGGGAAGUUCGAUGGAUGCUACUUAUCUCAUAGUUGUCAAAUGUUCCCCAACAUUUGGCAAAAUCGCAAAUGUUGGGGAACAUUUGCCGCACUGAUUUUGGUGGUUUACUUACCGGGUUUAAUAUAUAUAUAUAUUAGAUUUAGGAUCAAAUGAGAAAAACGCUUAACGUGAGAACGUGAGAACAUCACAUUUACCUCAAUAUGAUGCACAAUGAGGCUCGUCCAAUGCACAUUUUCGUGUUCGGCAUAGUAUUUACCAAAAUGCCACCAUCAUUAUUUAUAUUGCUUAUUUGGAGCAAAGUCAAAAUGUGAACCAGACGGACUCUAUUGUGAAUUACAUUGGGUUAAUUGUGAGUGUUCUCACGUUCUCACGUUAUCACGUUAAGCAUUAUUCUCAUUGGAACCGCAUCCUAUAUAUAUAUAUAUAUAUAUAUAUAUAUAUAUAUAUAUAUAUAUAUAUAUAUAUAGGGAAUAGAUCUGGUGAGAAGCUUGGUAGGGCUGAAAAGUGAGAACAAUCUGAGACCGUCCGAUUAAAAGCACAUCAAAGGCCCAAUUUUAAAAUCGAGAAGGCAGGCCGCUUUAAAAUCGAGAAGGCAACGAAUUUUCUGCAACUACUCCGACCUGCUACAGAGCAUCUUCGUUGUUUCUCUUUCCAAGCUCAACAAUACGGCUGCGCUCGUCACUGUUUUCUCGUUGUGCUUCUGUUAAGUGGUAACCCUAUUCGUUCUCAAUGCUCUCAGGAUUUCUCAACCUAAAACGUAUUCUGACUAUGGUUAACAACGAAUAUAUUCAACAAAUUAGAUCCUAAAAGUUAAAGUAACUUUUAAAUUCAGCUUAAUUCGUUUUAAUUCUAUUCAAUGUGUGAUUCGAUACGAAGAAGUAUUUUCAAUACAUAAUGAGUUAUUCACCUUCGGUUCACUAAAUUAAGCCUAGCAUUGUGUUCUCCCCAAAAUUUCUUCGACUUUAGGGUUUAUUAUUGAGUAUUUGAAGUUAUUUUGUAGUGAAUCUAAUUUAGGGGAGAAGAUGGUUUAAAUAAGAAGGGGAGGGAAAAAACAUCAUCCUAGAGAGUAGAGAAGGAGCCUGGUCAGUAAGUUGUCAUGAACCACUCAAAUCUAAUCUUCCUUUUUCAUCAGAAAUAACAUGGUUCGUAUAUGUGAAAGUGCCACUUCAUGUGAAUAUUAGAUGUAAAAUGAUGCAAUUUAUGCACUUUCAUGUGUUAAGUAAAUCCUGUGAAAUUGUGUGAUAGAGUUCGUGCGAAGCAACAAAUUAUUAUUAUUAUUAUAAGAGGUUUUUUCAUAUUGAUCAAAAUUAAUAUUAUAAAAGUAUACGUUGUAUUUGUAUGAACUAAAAAGUAAACAAAAAAUGAAAUAUGACUCUCUUGUGGUAUUAAAACAAUUCUAUUUGAAAAGUUGAUGCAUAUAUAAAUUACAAGUUAGGGAUUUCUGGUUAGAAGUUACGGUGCUAGCUCUAUUAGUGUUUUGGUAUAAUGUCUUUUCUUUUAACAUUCAACACAAUGGCAAACAUGAUCCAGUAAAUGAAAAACAAAUCGAACAUGAUUGAGAAUGAGAAAUUGAACUUAUAGUAGUGAAGUAAUGAUUUUGGAUCUAUAAGUGUGGCCCCUACGCUUUUUUUCUCUUCACUUCUACUUGAGUACUGUAAGCCCAAUUUUCAGGCUUUUUGAAGCUUCGGUGAUUGGAAAGUAAAAAACACUUGAUAAAAUCUUCUAUAGCAAUCCUUGCUAUAUCUUCAGGUGCUAGCAUCCGUUUUUGUAUGUAACUAAUAUUUAAUAACUACAAGUCUGAUAUUUUUUUUUGAAAAAAAAAAUUAUUCAUUAAGAUAAAAAGCACAGUACACAAAGAUAAGUAAAAGUAAGAAAGUACAGAAAGAAAAUAAAAAUUUAAAAUAAAAUGAAAUUAGACCCAAGGGAAAUCUCUGGACUGUGAAGUUUCCUGAGUUCCUGAGAGCAUUCGGAACUCCAAAUUCAACGGAAAGGAAUAAAACGAACUUUGCUUUGCGGCAAAUCAUUCUGAUGACUUUUAUUUUCCUGAGAUUUCCUGUAAAGUUUGAGUUGCGUGUUGAGGUUGUCUGUUGGCAAACAAUUUUCGUAGGUGACGAACUUUGCUUUGCGGCAAAUCAUUUUGUUGAAUUUGGAGUUCCGAACUUCUUCCUGGUUUGAUAAAGGAGGACGUUGAUCACUUUCUGUUGCAUGUCCUAAAAAAUCGUCUAAGAAGAAAGAAUCAUCAGAGUGAUCAAAGCUGUCCGAGGCAUCAGAGUAAGCAUGGAGAAGUGGAAGGUGUGCUUGUUUGUCAAGGGAAUGCUUCUUGCCAAAGGCUCUCUGAACUUCGUAGUUAAAUAUGAGUUUAGAAAUGGUUAUAUCCUCAGUUUCAGUCGUAGCAUCUUGCGCACAAUACAUGAUCUCCUCCUGUUCUAAAUGAGAUAGUCCAACAAAAUUAGAAAAUAAUGUCAAAAAAUCUUUGAGGUUUGAAUUUUUUGGACCCUUGGGUACUAUAAUUGAGCUCCCCUUUUCUUUAGAAAUCUUCACAUAACCACCUGAAUUAUUGACUAUCGAAGUGACCGUGAUUGGUCCGAAUUUUCUGCUCUGUCCACGAUAAAAUUUAUCUGAGCAUGAAAGCUGUUGAAUAAAACGGUAGAUUUGGCUCGCUAUCACUGACUUGAAAUUAAUCCUUUUUAGUGAGGAUUUUUCAAUUUCAAAAAUGAAAAUUUCCUUGUUUCUGGCAUUAAAUCUAAGUAGUUUAGAUUCAAUUUUGACGGAGUCAAAACCCUUUUCUCCAAAAAAAAUUGAAUUUUUCAGAAUCAGUAGAACAAUCAUGUGUUGUGGCUUGAGAAGGGGUGGCCGUAUCAUUAAACUCGCUGGUCUUAGUGAACUGGUUGACUUGGUUUUCAUCAUCUUUGGCGAUAGGUACAGAUGUGAUUCUAUCUUCCAACGCGAUUAAUUGUUGGGGGUCCCUGCAUUGAGGGAGAAGGAAUCUCCGCUCUGAGAGCGUCUGUCCUACUGACUGCUCCACCUUGUGCUGGGCAAGUUCCCUUGCCGUAGGUGGUGUUUGCAGAUCAUGUUUGACCCUGCGCAGUGAAACCCACAGACUUAUUCUGCAAUUGUGGGACGGCUUUAUCCAUUCCGCCAGCCCCCCUGCACUAUGCACCUAGUCACAGGAGAAAACGAUUUGACCAUCUGGUGAGGCUCGAAGAACGCUGAUGUUUGUGACGGACUUCGUACCAUGUGUAAGCUGGAGCCGCUGCGUUGUGUUGGAGCGAUUCGUGGAAUGGACUGAAGAGUUCCGGUAGUUGGUCAGGAUACCAAUCUAGUCGUGCCGGUCGGAGAGAGUACCAAACCUUAUUGGUUGAGAGACCUCCUUUCGUAACCCCUAAGCAAAUGUCGGUUUGCAUGAAGGUGAUUUCCUUCGCGCUGGCCACUGUAGAAGCGCGGCUGUAAAUAUCCAGACCUAUAGAAUCUAUGGUUAACAAAGUGAAACGAAGGAUUCCGGCCAUGUGCGUGUGGGUGCCGGUAAUCCAUUUCAGAAUUCAGGGGUUUUGGAGUUUAGAGAGAUGUGGGAGUUUCUCUCAUGUUUUUUUUUGAGUUUUUGUCACUUUUGGUCCCCCAACUAUUGUGUCAGUGACACUUUUGGUACUCGAUUUUUAAUUUUUCCAUUUUUAGUCCUCGACUAUUGUGCGAGAGACACUUUAAAUCCCCGACUUUCAAUUUUCCCACAUUUAGUCCUUUGAGUAUUAUCAAAUUGACAAUUUUAGUCAUUCUACUAUGAUUUUGACACAAUAAGUGAAGGACUAAAAAUGUCACUAUUGCAAUAGUUGAAGGAUCAAAAGUGUCACUUUUACAAAAGUCGAAGGACUAAAUACGAAUUUUUUUAAAGUCGGGUACCAAAAGUGUCUCUCGCACUAUAGUCGAGUACUAAAAAUGGAAAAAUUAAAAGUCAAGUACCAAAAGUGUCACUGAUACAAUAGUCGAGGGACUAAAAGUGACAAAAACUCUUUUUUGUUUGUAUUUGUGUGUAUUAUUCUAUAUAUAUCUACAAGUCUUAUAUAAUCAUGCGUUUUUGUAUGUAAUUAAUGUUUAAUAACUUGUUAGACUUGUAAUUAAACUAAAAGUUUGACAUGUAUUUAUACAGCUCGAGUCUCAAUCAUAUGAAUUGUAACAUGAAACCA